GAGGUAAAUGCUGUUCAAGCCGCGCGCAAAGAGUUCCACUGGCGUUCCAUGACCAGUGAUGAGAAGAUCGCCUUUGCAGAAGCCGCCAAGCAGGCUUGGGCAGUCUGGGAGGAGAACGAUGCCAUUGAGAUCCUGACGCCUGAAGAGUCUGAUGAAGUGAGAAAGAGGCUCAAAGCUUGCAAAGAAGACAGAUACAAGGAUGUGUUCUCCUUCGCGUUGCGCAAAGAUGCCGGUUGGGAGAGAAGUGUCAUUGACUAUGCUUGUUGGAUGCUGUGGUCAGAAGAUCGAAAACAGCUGGAAGGGAUGGUCAUAUCCCAUGUUGAUGAUCUUUUGCUUGGUGGCAACUCCAAAGCUCAAGAGAGCCUGAUGGCAAUCGGUGCCAAGCUUGGAUUCGGGACAGUGGAGUUCGACGACUUCGUCUUCUGUGGAAAACGAAUCCGAAUGGUGCCCUCUGGAGAGAUUGAGUUGUCCAUGGUGGAGUACCACAGCAAUUUGAAGCCAGUGGCAGUUCCAACUUCUCGCAGGGCAAUGCCACAAGCAGAAUUGAGCGACAGUGAACGUCGCCAACUCAGAGCCAUUUUAGGUUCUUUGCAAUGGUUGGUAGCCCAGCUGAGAUUCGACCAAGCCUAUGCCCUCAGCACACUCCAAGGUGAGAAACCAUGUGUAGCCACGUUGACAAAGGCAAACCUCCUAGUGAAAGAGUUCAAACGGCGGAGCGACUUCAAGCUGGUUUUCCGUGACCUUCCUUUGGAAAAGGCAGGGAUCCUUGUGAUUUCGGACGCCUCCUUGGGAAAUACCACAAAGUCCGGUGGUGUUGAAGGUCAAGAGAAGUUGUACAGCCAGAGCUCCUACUUCAUUUUGGUUUGUGAUGAAAACCUUCUUCAAGGACGAGAAGGGUGGUUCAAUGUUUUGGACGCACGAAGUCAUCGACUUCCCAGAGUCUGUCGAUCGACGUACAGCUCUGAAACCCUUGGUUUGGAGGAGGCAAUGGACGCUGGUGUUUUCUGUCGUGGAUGUUUCAGCGUGCUGGCUGGUCUUCCGAUGGAGCGGAGAGACGCUCAUAAAGUCAUGGAGGUGAUCCCGAUGACGGCAAUUACAGAUGCCAAGGACACUUUCGACAGAGGAAACAGUGACACCAACACGUAUGGAGCGCAGAAGUCACUCGCCUUCUCAGUAGCCUGGAUCAGGGCUACCCUUGGAGGAGCCAACACCUCACUCAAGUGGACGGCGACAGCCAACAUGUGGGUUGACGCAGGUACCAAGGAAAUGCCACUUGACCACCUGCACAAAAUCCUAGAUUGUGGACGAUGGAGCUAUGUGUUUAAUGCCAACUACGUGAAACAGCCCAAGAAGAAGAAGAUCACUGAUGCUGCAGUGAAAGGGCCGUUGCCUGGUGUUCCCCUGGAAGGCAAAAUGCCAAUUCUCCCGUUCCUGCUGAAUGUUUGUAGGAAUCCCGGGUGGCAUCAGAAAUCGGGUUUGGUAGUUCACGUCGCUUAUGGAGCGAAAUCCUUUCGAGUUCCCGAUGCUAGGUACAGUGUUUGGCGUUUUCCCCUCCGAAGUACAUAUGGAAGAUUUGACCUUGAAGAUGGUCGCUCGGAGUGGAGGGUUUUGGAGUCGAAAGAGGAUUUGACUCUACUCGGAAAGAAGCAGGAGCUUCUUGGUUGUGUGGCAGAUUGUUUGGUGAGCGUUUUCCAGUCUCGGAUCAAGAAAGAAAAGAUAUCUACUGAAGAAGCGAACUUGUUCGAUCGGCAUUGA